AUGGACGUAACCUACGAUGAGCUCAACUACGGUGUCGCCUUCAACGCUGCAGGGUUAGCACUCGGAAGUUUUCUCUUCAUCCCCCUCGCCAGGAAAUACGGCUCGCGUCCAUGCUACAUCUUUUCCACCGGUCUCAUGGCUGGGGUGUCAUGGUGGAGUGGCUACAUGCACACUGUGGAGGAGAUGUACAUCACCAAUUUCUUGUCAGGUCUUGCCGGGUCCGUCAACGAGACCAUCUCAGAGAUCACAGUGCAGAUCGCAGACCUCUUUUUCGUACACCAGCGCGGUACUGCAAACGGCUUAUACAUCAUCGCUGUGAUGUUUGGUCAAUUUGUUUGUCCUUCUUUUGUCGGCUUUCAAGCCGAAGCCCAAGACUGGCGAUGGACUUACUACACCACGGGAAUUGUGCUCAGUGUUCUGUUCUUUCUGUUUGUCUUUUGCUUUGAGGAGACUAAGUUCAUACCUGUAUCCAUUGGGCAGGCACGAAAUGAUUCCAGCCAGCUUGGUACACCUACUUCACCGUGCAACGAGCCGAAAUGUACGAAGGAUGACAUGGCUAUCUCAGGCCAUCUUCACAACUCUGAUGUGGUUUCUGAGGACCAACCAAACAGGCUCUCUUAUCGACAACGGAUACGUCUCAUCACUCGCACUGAUGAGCCCUUGUGGAGGAACUACCUAGUACCGCUGAAGAUGUUCCUCUUUCCACAUGUCAUCUUCUCGGCUCUUCAAGUCGCCAGCUGUGUGGCCUUUCUUAUAUUGCUUACCACGACUAUCUCUAUGGUCUUUGCCGCUCCCCCAUACAACUUCAACACAGCCGGCGUAGGAUUGAUGUCAUUAGGUCCGUUUGUUGGAAAUAUUCUUGGGAGCCUUUACGGUGGUUUGCUCGGAGAUUGGGUCGUUGUCAAGCUGGCCAGACGAAACAAGGGCAUAUUCGAACCAGAGAUGCGAUUGUACAUCCUUCUUCUCCCUGCUUUGCUCAUGGGAGGUGGAUUGAUACUCUUUGGAGUUUCUGCUGAUAAGGGUUGGCACUGGAUUUACCCAAGCAUUGGCGGUGCGCUUUUUGGCUUCGGGAUGGCAUCCAUGAUUGAUAUCUCAUGCACUAUUAUUAUCGACAUCUACCAAAAUCUCACUGCUGAGGCCUUUAUCUCGGUAACCUUCAUUCGCAAUCUUCCCUCUAUCGGAGUUCCGUUCGGCAUCGUCAGUUGGACAGAGUCUAUUGGCGUCACUAAGUUGUAUAUCAUCAGUGGAUGUGUAGCCACACUUACUUGCCUACUGUUUAUUCCUUGUAUCAUUUGCGGGCGACGCAUUCGACAAAACAUGUGGAAGAUGUUUGAGUCUGUAGUACAACUGAAGGGUGCAACAAGGCACUAA